GCGCUCCAUCGUUCGGGUUUGUGUGCGUGCGCUUUCAGGCUGGUCGCCUACUUCGUUUUCGUUUCGUUCGUCGUGUGUAAAGUGAAAAACUUUCCCGUAAAUAGCUGCCAUUUCGGAAGGUAUUUUGCGUGCUUCUUCGCCGGAAAAGUGUAUCAAAGCAUCCCCGGACGGUCGAACAUUAUGGAAUACGCCGGAGGAAGUGGAUUCCUGCAGUGGAACGACACGAAAAAGCGUUUCUCGGACGAUUUUUCUUCCCCGCAGAAGCAUCGUCAGUAGAGAAGACAAACGGGGUGAGAGAAUACACCUCCGCGUCUGCCACCCCGCACUUCUGUUCGAACGCUGUGUUGCAGCGGGUGUGAGAAGAAUCAAGCUAUUGCGAAAGCGAGACGGAAGCACCUACUGAAAAGUGCGUAUGCACACUGUUGGUAAAUUGCAUUGUCAGUGCAAAGGUGGGAAAGAGAAGGGUUGGCUCUGGUUGCUCGCUGUGUGAAAAAGAAGCUGGAUAUUUUGUGGAUAUAAUUUAUAUGAACCGCGCGCGCGGAGAGCUCCGCGACAUUAAUUUCUGCCCGACCGAUUAGAAGGUGGUAUUUUGGGCCGGGCUGGAGGUACAGUGUGUCAGCGGUCGCCAUGAAAAAGAUAAACUUUAAAGUAUACUGAUGUGAUUUUUUCAAAUCCAGUCAGAAACAAGAUAACUCAAUCUAAAAUGUCCAAAUGGAACAAAGCCCACGGGCUGAUCGUCCCAAUCGAUUCCCUGCUGAAGGAGAAGGAAAAUACCAACAGGCCGGCCCCUUUGCGUUCGGCUGGUCUGGUUGGGCGUUGGGGUAUCACCAGCUUUACCUCGAUCAGAAAUACGACUUACGAGUUCGAAAGUACCAGCCCAAAAGAAUCGGACGACCUCAACUGCUCGUCGAAUUUGGCGAGCCUGUCCACGCAGGUCCCCAACGCGGCCAAGCCGAAAAAGUUCUUCAAGAGCCGGAAUACCUUACCGCCGGUACCGUCUGCGGUUACACCUGAUCCGCACCGGCAGCAAGAUUUGCUGUACCAUCAUACCUCGCAGCUGCAGGCACGAAUCAAUCAAAAUGCCGGUGGAAGUCCGCCUUAUGGGGCCGCGCCCGCGGGUUUUUAUCAGCAACAAUCAACGGGUGGUGGAACAUCAAAGCCCUCCUCGCGGGCUGGCGCUGAAAAGGCUACAAUGAAGAAAGAAAAGAGUAAAAAGAAGAAACAAAAACAGGCAGCAAUUGCAGUCGAGGUUACGGAAGCUGUAACCCAAAAAGAAGCUGACGUUGAGGAUGGUGGCACUGUUAAAAAAGAGAAAAAGGAAAAGAAACCGAAGAAAACUAAGAAAGAGGUUCAACUUCCACCGGAACAACCGAAACGAAACUCGUCCCGCAUUCGGAACAAAGUGGUUAACUACAAUGAGGACGACGAUAGCUUCGAUAGUGCUAUUCCUUUCCGACAGACAGUACAGCCCACACCGCCCCUUAACACGCCGGACGAGCAGGAACCAUCGACGCUUGAGACAGUUUGCGCCGAACAGCAAGCCGUCGAAAAUGAGUUGGAAGAACCCAUUCCGGAACCGGAAGACGAGCUGACUGAGUUGGAGCAGGAACCACCGGAAGUGUUACCGAUGCCGGUGAUACAGCCGGCCAGUGAAGGUUUAGCAGAGCUUCGGGCUAAAACAAAGGAGCACAAGGCUUCGUUGAUGGUUCCUGUGCCACUUUCGUCGCCACCCGUUGCGGAACAUCCACCCAUCGUGCUGCGGAUAUCGAAGGGCACAUCCCGUCUAAUCAGCACCGACAGCGAGGAUGUCAAUUCGCCUCCGCACGGAGCCGCCACAAGCGUACAGCAAGGCACGUUGCCAUUGAUCCGACCACCGACAACCCCUCCGGCAGCUACUACCAGCACUAUCGCGCCAUCUUCCGUCGUCACGGUCACCCCAGCAGCCGUCAAUCCUCCACCGAUACCGGAGGAACUAACCGUACCACCACUGGUACUGACUACGACAACCGCUGUUCCAACCAUUGUGACCCGAUCACCGGCGGUGCUACCACCAUCUCCGCGAAAAGACGAAGAACCUCGGAAGGAAGAUCUAAAAAUUACAAUCUCCCUCAGCAAAUCGGCACUGAUCAGUAACGGUGGUAGUGGCAGCAGCAGUGGCAAGAGUAGAAAGGAUAGCAAAAAGGAACUGCGACACUUCAAAAAGCGGGUGCUCGCUCGGGAAAAAGGUCGAGCCAGUAAGCGAUCGAAGCGUAGCGAAGAGGAACCUCCCAAUAACAACGCGGAUAGCAACGAACGGCAAGACUUGGAACUGCUCGGUGGAGUAGCGGAAGAAUUGCGAGUUGAUCCGAUCGUGAUACCAGCUUGUAGACCAUCCUUCCCGUUGCCGGGAACGGAUGCAUACGAACUCUACCGUACGCUCGCUUCGCCUUCCGGUGGGGAUGAUUUCGAUUCGGAGGGCUCGAUGCUUGGGAGUGCUUCUUCGAACAAUACACCGAAACAUACCGGUCUAACAGCGGCUGAAGAUUGUCGAAUUAUUCACAGUCGAGGAUCGAGUGACUGUGGUAGUGAUUUGGAGCUUUCGCAAAACAGUUCGACAGCUGCUGCACCACCUUCGGAGAUUAAUUUUGAAAGCGAGAAUACCCAAGAUAAUCGAUACGAGGAAUUGAAAGCUCAACAAAAUCAGAAGAAGGACACCGAAGAGAAGAAGGAAGUUUCGCCUCGGGAGGAGCGAGUGGAAGUGUUGAAGCUUAGCGUGAAAGGAACUCGCUCAACGAGAAGCACCCGUAGCGGGAUGAAGAACAUGCAGGUGGAGGUGAUUUCCAAACCGGAACCGGUUCCGGUUGAAAUAUCAUCCCCGGAGCCAGCCGUCAAAAAGUUCGGACGAGCCACACGCAAUCGCAACAACAAUAACAACGUCGUUGUAGCCAAAGUGUCGGAAAAAGAACCAACGGAAACAGUUCCGCCAACGGUUCGGGAACCAUCGCCCCCUUCACCGAUACCGACGCUAAAGGUUGCCACCCGGCAGUACAGUCGUCGAAAGAAAAAUGUUAUACCGCCCGAUUACCAGUCGAACGUGAUGACAAGCCCGGAUCGACCGAUGGAAUCAGCUUCCGGAGAAUCCGGUCCACCUCCCUACACCCUUACUUCCGAAAGUGAGUCGGCUCUUGCCUCCAUGCAGUCCAGUCUGGUUUCAGUUGUCUCCGCUGGUUUGGAUCUCACAACUACUGGGUCAAGCCGGCUGGAAUCGGCAUCUGCUUCUUCAACGGUAGCCACGGUUCAGGACGAGAAUAUACCGGAGCCAACCGAGUACAAAAUCAAGAACAAGUUCAAAAGAUCCUACUUCCGCAGCGAGGAACUGGCCAAACAGAAGCAGCAAUUGCUGCAGGAUAUCCGGCCGCUAGAGGAAAACCCAACCAACAACACGAUCCCAUCGGCGGCACCAACCAGCACCCUGACCGUUCCUCCGAUUACCAUUCCAAUUGGGUUGGUAAACAACCAACCGCAGGGUCCACCGGAGCAUCUGCAACCGGUGAAGCUAGUGAUCUCCAAAAAGAAGGGUAGCAUCUUUAAAAGCCGACCGUUGACGGGAAGCGCUGAGGCAGCAGACAAAAAGCGUCACGUGUACAAACACAAGUGGGACGAUGACGAUGGUGAUGGAAAGGACAAAAGCGUGAUGGCCGAAGCGGAGACGGAAAAUAAAACGGCGGCCUUUGAGGGGGAACCUUCUGGCUUGUCUCGAGUGACGAGGUUGCGAAACUCCGGAGGUUCCGCCAUGGAAUUCGAUGAUGAUGACGAUGAACUCGACGAUUUUGACAACAAGCUCAAAUGUGACCGGAGUGCCAAACCAUACUACACUGUGGUGCGGAACGUCAAGAAAGCCCAUCAGAUUCAGGAGAUUGGAGAAUCUCAAGAGAUGGACGACGACGUGGAGUAUAUUCUGUCGGCACUUCAACCGGAUAAUCCGAAUGCUACGCGUUGCCUGUCGGCGGUGACGCUGGCGACCAAAUGCAUGACACCCGCCUUCCGAAUGCACGUACGAGCACACGGUAUUGUGACUCGGUUCUUUAAAGCUCUCCGGGAUGCUCAUUUGGAUCAGAGCCUUGGACUGUGUACCGCUACCAUAUUGUUCGUGCUGUCGCAGGAUACCCUCAACAUGGAUCUCGAUCGAGACUCUCUGGAACUGAUGCUGAAUCUGCUGGACACGGAUCAUUUGUCCAGUUCCGAUGGAGGUCUCACCCGGGGUCAGUUGGAGAAGAACAAACAGAAAGUGCGAGAACUUUGUGAGGAGAUUAAAAACUCCGGCAAGGCAAUGCACAUGGACUUGGAUAAUCUGACCGUUGGUUCGCUAGCGAUGGAAACUCUGCUGUCAAUGACUUCCAAGCGGGCGGGUGACUGGUUCAAGGAUGAACUGCGGAAAUUGGGCGGACUGGAUCACUUGAUCAAAACCGUUUCCGAUUGCUGCCGGGAAAUUUCCGAUUACGUCGUCGAAUGGACCGAUGAUCUGCUGUCCAAAUUGCGAAAGAUCGAGCGCUGCCUGCGGGUGCUGGAAAAUGUUACCAUACUUAACGAACAAAACCAGAGCUACAUCUUGAAUUACAACAAUGGAAGCCUGGUGCACACGUUGGCCCGACUCUUCAAACUGGUCGACAGCGAAGUGGUUCUUUAUCCAACCGACGAACGGACGCCCAAAGACGACCGAGGGGUUAUACUGCGGGAGGUGAUUCCACCUAUCCUGAAAAUCUUCAUCAGCCUAACGCAUCCGUUCAAUGAGACUGCCUACGGUGCCAGUGUGAUCGGAGCCCUACCGAAUGUGAUGGAAACCAGCCUGCAUCUGUUGUUACGGGUAGGUGAAUACGUCCCGCAGAAAUUCAUCUUUGAGAUGAACAUUCUGGUGCUGCUGUUCCUGAUUAACCUGACGAUGUAUACCCAAGCCAACCGGAAGUAUCUGAUGGUUUCGCGAGCACCGGAUGACUACAACAACACGAUCGAGGUCUCCCGAAAUCAGGCACAGAUGGCUGUGCAUGCCCUGGUCGAGUACUUCUAUCGGCAAGAUGAACUUGCGAGGUACGCGGAGAAAAACACCGACGCCAUUCUGGAUGCCAAAUCGAAGAGGGAUGAAGACAUCGAAGAGAGGGUUACCAAAUUGCUACAAAAAGCGGGCUACCACAUGGAGCACACGCUGAUGGCCAGCUACGUGUGUCUGCUGAUCGGCUGGAUCGUGAAGGGCAGUGAGGAUAACGAAGCGACCGUGCGAGCCUACCUAAAGGACAACAACUUCGUACUGAUGGUGAAAUCGUUGGAAAAGUAUUACAACUUCCUAAACCUGACGGCAAAUUCCGACGCGCUGAGCCUACAGCACGUGCGCCAAACCAAGAACAUAAUCGACAAUCUGAAACGGCUGGAUUCGGCAGAGCAGGCGGCUUCUUGCUCGUCGUCGGCGGAAACGCUAGCGGUACAACCGCAAGCAUCUACCAGUUCUGAUAGUCCGCAGUCGACGACGGUUGCAUCGAACCGGUACGGAUCUCGUUCAUCGACCAGGGCGCACUACUGAUAGGCAGACAGGCCAAACACCCAUUAACGAUCCACCCGUCCGUGUGGGCUGAUUAUUUUUGCUCUUUACGUCGCUUUCUCCCUAGCUUAUCGUAUGUAUUCGUGCUAAAGGGAUACAAAGCUCAUACCAACUUUUUUUAGAAUGGCUCCCUUUGCUUCCCCUGAAGCGCAGGAAGCUAUUGUUUUAAUCUGUCCGACCUGCCGCCCAGGCAAUCGCUACUGUACACUCUACCAUGUGUAAAGCUCAGAACUGUUCACCAAAAUCCGAACCGUGCGUCCUUUUACUUUCCCUAGCAAUUGUGAAUGUAUGUAAAUGCUGGCUUAAAUUGUAAAAACUAUUUCUUAAUCAAACCGGAAAGAUGUAUCCUCGUGCGAGGGGAAUUUCUCUGUAUUUAGACUGUUCUUACCUAGGACAUAAGUUAAGUUAGGUUAUCUAUUAGAAAGAAAAGCAAAUGAAAAGUAUCAAAUCGGAAUUAAAAAUAUCUAUCUAAUUGUAUUUUAGUUGUGUUGUUUUACGAACUUCCUACCAGUCCGGGUAGGUGUAAUAUUUUUUUUUACUUUUGCGUCAAUUUUCUCAAGUCUAAAUAGUAAGAAACCGAUAAGCUAUACUUAAGUGUGCUGUUUAAUUUGUGUGACUGGUACUCUUGGCUCCAUUUGUACGUGUGUGUGUGUGUGUGUAUGUUUCGUUCUUUUCCCGGUAGCAAACUGUUACGAAUUAUGUAUGAUGUCGGGUUUUUCGAAGUAAAAACGCAGCGAACCAAAAGUUAGCGGUUCAGUAGGCGGAUAUUGAGGCCUUUUUGGGGCAACACACAAGCAAACCGCCAGCAAGAAUCAGCAGCCAGGGUAUUGCAGCUUCUUUUUCCGUAUAGGAGUAUAAUAUAAUCAAAGAAAAAAGCAAAACAAAAAGAUGCGAGGUCUAGUGUUUAAACAUAGUGUGCUAGGUUUGUAAAUAGUAUUAUACGAUAUUGUUUAAAUUAUUAAGAUGCAUAAAGAAAGAGAGCAAUGUUCUUUGG